AAGAGGAGAGGAGGGCUAUAUAUACCAGAUACACAGAGGGAGGAUGGGGGAGAGGGUCCAGCACCAAAAUCUCUACUAAAUUCAUAGAAUUUUCCCCUGUCAACAAUCCCAGAUAACAAAUGGGUGUUGAAUUUCGUAACAUCAACAACGAUGAAAUCAACGGUGCUGAUGCAGCCGAUGCCCCUGUGGUGCUGGGACUCCAACCCUCAGCCCUUGUGGACCAUGUGGCCAGAGUUGAUUUGUCCUUCCUCUCCCGAAUCCACGGCGAAGCCGGUGGCUCUUUCCCUGUUGCGGAUGAAGAGCUGAAGAUGAUCUUGAAUAAGGUUAAUGCCCAUACUCUUGCUUCACUUGACAAUGCAUCUACUUUGAAGACCAUAGCAGGGGGAAGUGUUGCCAAUACUAUCAGAGGCCUCGCAGCUGGCUUUGGGGUCACUUGUGGUAUAAUUGGGGCCUGUGGGAAUGAUGAACAAGGCAACUUGUUCGUUGAUAAUAUGAGCUCUUAUAAAGUUGAUCUCUUUAGAUUGAGAUUGAAGAAUGGACCCACUGCACAAUGUGUUUGCUUGGUUGAUGAAUUGGGCAAUCGCACAAUGCGACCUUGUCUCUCUAGUGCUGUAAAAGUUCAGGCAAAUGAGCUGACAAGAAAGGAUUUUAAAGGUUCCAAGUGGCUAGUUCUAAGAUAUGCAGUACAAAAUUUAGAAGUUAUUCAUGCAGCUAUUAUGAUUGCCAAGCAAGAGGGUGUUUCUGUUUCACUUGAUCUGGCCAGUUUUGAGAUGGUGCGGAAGUUUAGGUCACCACUUGUACAGUUACUGGAGUCAGGGAGCAUAGACCUUUGCUUUGCCAAUGAGGACGAGGCAGCUGAAUUGCUGAGUUGCAGGAGUGAAGACAAUGCAGGUCCUGAGGUGGCACUUGAAUUUUUGGCCGAACACUGCCAAUGGGCCGUUGUGACAUUAGGCCCAAAAGGAUGCAUUGCAAAACACGGAAAAGAGGUUGUCCGUGUUCCUGCAAUAUGGGAGGCAAAGGCGAUUGAUGCCACUGGUGCAGGGGACCUGUUUGCAUGCGGAUUUUUGUACGGAUUAGUUAAGGGACUAUCAUUGGAGGAAUGCUGCAGAGUGGGAUCAUGCAGUGGGGGCUCUGUCACUCGUGAUCUCGGGGGUGAGGUAACCUCGGAAAACUGGCAGUGGAUGUAUAAACAAAUGCAGACCAAGGGACUGCCCAUCCCUGAGCUGGGAAAAUUUUGUACGGCGAAGUAGAGGAACAGUGGUACAAUCAGCAUUUUAUGAAGUCAUUAUCUUUAUUCUUCGAGUUUAAGCAGAAGGCAACUGGAGUUGCAUUUUACCUCUGGUUUUAGUGCGUGCAAUUGCUGUCUCUACAUUCUUUACAUUGUUGAAAAUUGAAUUUCAAAUUCUUUCAGUCUUAAAUAAAAGCUUUAAUCUUUGAAAUA